AUGGAUGCAACUACCGCCGCUGCCGACUACUCGACAACGAGCUUGUUUGCCGCUGAAAAAGUCCUACCUACUUACCAAGCUGGAACGACCGCGGCUGUCACAUCGACGAGCUUUUUGGACGCUGGAAAAUCAUUGAGUGUUAGUCAAGCUGGAAUUACCGGGGCUGCCACUGCUCAACUGAAUACGAAGUGUUCUUCAGUCCGAAAAAUUAGCACGAAUGCACGACAACAAGAAGGCCAGGUAGCGGAGUGCCGCCCCUCACCAAAAGCUCGAAAAAGGGGAAUUAGCGAAAGCGCACUUCACCACCAUCGUCAUCGACUUGGACGCAAUCAGAUGUUUCGACGCAACAUGCCGUCAACUGUCUCUGGAAUGCGGCGUAACGUCAACACUGGUUGUGAUUAA